AUGGACGAUGCGCAGCAAUCUACCAGCUCUGGCGUGCGUCGAAGCGGUCGAAAACGAACGUUUGGAGUCGCCGCACCACAGAAGCCUAUACCCAGCGAACCAAGCGAGGCCGAGUCAUCAGAGCAGAGUGAGCUGAGUGGAGAGGAAUGCUCGAAGGUUGACGAAACUGCUCACCGUGCAAAAUGUACAGAGCUUGAGGUUGAGGUGUCUUCCAAAAGACGUGUCACUUCCGCGCGUCGCAAGGAAAGCCUCAGCCUCCUUCCUGCGGUACCAUUUGACGUUCUAAUGGAGGUUCGUAUUCUCUACUCUCUUCAUCUCUGCAUCUGCAACACGCGUUCGCAAACAGGUGUUAGCACGCCUGAGAGUAACAGAUAUCAUCGCCUUGUCCCGAACUUCGAAAGAAUUCAGGGGCCUUCUCUUGUCGAGGAGGUCGAUUUCAACCUAUCGGAGCCCGCGUAUGCUGUUUUGCUGUUUGGAGCGCCAAACUGCUACGACUGUGGAAGGAGGAACAUUUAUCGAAUCGAUUUUGGUCUCAGACGGCGUCUCUGCCUGCGGUGCAUGAGAGUUGGCCUCGUGUUUGAAAAGGACCUGAAUACAGAUUUCCCUGGCUCCGACCCGAUGCUCUUAGAGUUAAUCCCUUACACGCAUUAUUGUACUUCCUCCAUCGGAGCUGGUUAUGCCUGCGGAUAUCAUUCAACCGGCCGGUUCUUCCACAGCGACGACAUAGUCAAGAUGCGGAACAAUUUGGAGGCACUGGAACGCGCAGGGGACCCGACGGCCACAAAUGAGUUUCUCCAAGCGCAGAGAGACAAAACGUCGAGCAUCGUUUCGACCGUUCACGAAUACGAAAGUUGGCUGAAAUGCCGGCAAAGUUUGGAAGACGAUCCCGCAACCUUAGAUACUAAUCUUGAUCACUAG